AAUAGUGAUGUGUUAUUCAUUUCAGCUCGCCUGUAAAUUCAAAUCGCUUAAUAUUGCUAUGCAUGGAUUACAGGAUGAGGGGACAAUAUGAGGGGCAUUCAAAGAUUCGUUCUUGUAUGCUUCAAAUAUUUCACCGUCUUCCAUCACCCGACGAUGGGUCAACUACCAGUCGGCCAAUUAGCUUCUCAAAAUAGUUGACAUCACUCUUCAAUUAUUUCAGUCUCCGUAAAAAUCAGAUUAUUAUCCGUUACGCUGAUAUCGUUAAUCUAGGGCAUCGUUAUGCUCCCAGCAAGAUGGAUGUGGGGGCUUCUCGCGUUAGGGUUAUCAAGCAUAACGUUAUGGUCUCCGACAACGAGAAAUAUAAAAAGGUUCCAAAUGGCGAGACGGAAUUUGUUUUGAAAUCAGAUCCAUUGAUCAAAAAGUACCCUGCUUACACUCAUCGCCAUACUUUUACAAUAAUAAUUUGAAGUUCAGCCAACGAACAAUCUACACCAUGGCCGGAAACAACAAUUAUUCUAUGCACUCAAUCGUCGCCGCAUAUGGCGUCGGACUCGCUCCUCAUGGCUACUAUUUCAUCAAGAUGAUGGCCAACGCAAAGGGUCAAGCGAGCAAUAUCCUACCACGAGAAAACUUGACCAAUCUGAAAGGUCGCAUUCCGGCUCACGUAUGGGAUAAACUCGCCAGGGCACGCGGAGCGCAUUUGAAUGCUUUGGAGAGCUUGCCCAUGUUUGCUGCUGCCAUGCUCGCAGGAAACCUAGCAAAGCUCCCAUCAAGCGAGCUGAAUACCCUUGCUGUUGAAUAUAUUGGCGCACGUCUGUUGUAUACCGCUGUGUACCUCGGAGUGCGAUCCGAAGCAGCAAGUUACUUGCGUACUGGUAUAUGGGCCUGGAGUAUCUCGAUUCCUGUCUGGGGUUUGAUCAAAGCAGGGAGGAUGUUGAACUCGUCUAGUGAAUUAAGCGGUCCCCUUUAA